AUGUCGACGCUGGCCCCCCUGCGUCUGCUGCGCGAGCCCUCGAAUGCCAGCGAGGGCAACCAGAGCAAUGCCACGGUCGGGGCCGGUGGUGGUUGGUGCCAGGGGCUGGAUAUUCCCAACGAGCUGUUCCUGGCGCUGGGGCUAGUGAGCCUGGUGGAGAACCUGCUGGUGGUGGCCGCCAUCCUGAAGAACAGGAACCUGCACUCACCCACCUACUACUUCAUCUGCUGCCUGGCGGUGUCGGACAUGCUGGUGAGCAUCAGCAACCUGGCGGAGAUGCUCUUCAUGCUGCUGCUGGAACACGGGGUGCUGGUGAUGCGCCCCAGCAUCGUCCGCCAUAUGGACAGUGUCAUCGACAUGCUCAUCUGCAGCUCCGUCGUGUCUUCCCUCUCCUUCCUGGGGGUCAUCGCUGUUGACCGCUACAUCACCAUCUUCUACGCCCUGCGCUACCACAGCAUCAUGACGCUGCAGCGGGCUGUGGUCACCAUGGCCAGCGUCUGGCUGGCCAGCACCGUCUCCAGCACUGUCUUGAUCACCUACUUCCGCAGCAACACCAUCCUCCUCUGCCUCAUCGGCUUCUUCCUCUUCAUGCUGGUCCUCAUGCUGGUGCUGUACAUCCACAUGUUCGCCCUGGCCCGCCACCACCUCCACAGCAUCUCCAGCCAGCAGAAGCCACCCACUGCCCACCGUGGUGGCAGCCUGAAGGGUGCCGUCACCCUCACCAUCCUCCUGGGCGUCUUCUUUAUCUGCUGGGGGCCCUUCUUCUUCCACCUCAUCCUCAUCGUCACCUGUCCCACCAACCCCUUCUGCACCUGCUUCUUCAGCUACUUCAACCUCUUCCUCAUCCUCAUCAUCUGUAACUCGGUGAUUGACCCCCUCAUCUAUGCCUUCCGGAGCCAGGAGCUCCGGCGGACGCUGCGGGAGGUGGUGACGUGCUCCUCCCCGGGGAGCCCCGGGAGGAGAGGUCCCUCCCGGUCCCACCGGUCAGUCAAGGGUCACCUGCUCCCGGCGAGAACCGGGAAGGACCGGCAGGGCGGCGGGAGGCUGGACCCCACGCGGGGGUUGGCCCCGGCCGCCCCCGGACAAAGGGCCCAUCACCAUCGCCUUUGUUCUCGGGCCGCGCCCGCCGCCGCCCACCUCGUCACUGACACCGGCACUGUCCCCGGUCCCGCGGGGGCAACCGGCGACGGGGACCCCCAAGGUGGCCCUCCCGGUCCCCGCACGGGUCCCGGGGUGUCCCCGCUCCCCGUGGGUGCCGGUGGGGGUCCCCCCCGGCCGUGUCCCCCGCGGGUGGCGGGGUCCCCGCUCCGCCGCGGCGGGGCGUGGCCGCGGGCGGGGCCGGGCGGGGCGUGGCGGGCGGUGCCGGUGCCGCAGGGCUGUUGCGGCGCUGCGGCGGCGGCCGCUGAUUGGCUACGGGCGGCGGUGACGUCAGCGGCCGGCCCGGUGCGGCGGCGGGAGCCUAUAAAGGAUGCGGCGGAGGCCGCGCCGCCCCCCGCGCUCCCGGUGCCGCUCCGCUCCGGUGCCGCUCCGCUCCCGGCCCCGACCCGCUCCCGUCCCGCUCCGCUCCGGCCCGGCCGCACCAUGAGGGAGAUCGUCCACAUCCAGGCGGGGCAAUGCGGCAACCAGAUCGGCGCCAAGUUCUGGGAGGUGAUCAGCGACGAGCACGGCAUCGACCCCAGCGGCAACUACGUGGGGGACUCGGACCUGCAGCUUGAACGCAUCAGUGUCUACUACAAUGAGGCCUCUUCUCACAAGUACGUGCCUCGCGCCAUCCUGGUGGACCUGGAGCCGGGGACGAUGGACAGCGUGCGCUCGGGUGCCUUCGGCCACCUCUUCCGCCCCGACAACUUCAUCUUUGGGCAGAGCGGUGCCGGGAACAACUGGGCAAAGGGGCACUACACAGAGGGGGCCGAGCUGGUGGACUCGGUGCUGGAUGUGGUGCGGAAGGAAUGUGAGAACUGCGACUGUCUGCAGGGCUUCCAGCUGACCCACUCGCUGGGCGGGGGCACCGGCUCGGGCAUGGGCACCCUGCUCAUCAGCAAGGUGCGGGAGGAGUACCCCGACCGCAUCAUGAACACCUUCAGCGUGGUGCCUUCCCCCAAGGUGUCGGACACGGUGGUGGAGCCCUACAAUGCCACGCUGUCCAUCCAUCAGCUAGUGGAGAACACGGAUGAAACGUACUGCAUCGACAACGAGGCGCUCUAUGACAUCUGCUUCCGCACCCUCAAACUGGCCACCCCCACCUAUGGCGACCUCAACCACCUUGUCUCGGCCACCAUGAGCGGUGUCACCACCUCCCUGCGCUUCCCUGGCCAGCUCAAUGCUGACCUCCGCAAGCUGGCUGUCAACAUGGUGCCCUUCCCGCGGCUGCACUUCUUCAUGCCCGGCUUUGCCCCGCUGACGGCGCGUGGCAGCCAGCAGUACCGUGCCCUCACCGUGCCCGAGCUCACCCAGCAGAUGUUUGAUGCCAAGAACAUGAUGGCCGCCUGUGACCCCCGCCAUGGCCGCUACCUCACCGUGGCCACCGUCUUCCGUGGCCGCAUGUCCAUGAAGGAGGUGGAUGAACAGAUGUUGGCCAUCCAGAGCAAGAACAGCUCCUACUUUGUGGAGUGGAUCCCCAACAAUGUCAAGGUGGCCGUGUGUGACAUCCCACCACGGGGGCUGAAGAUGUCCUCCACCUUCAUCGGCAACAGCACGGCCAUCCAGGAGCUCUUCAAGCGCAUCUCGGAGCAGUUCACAGCCAUGUUCCGCCGCAAAGCCUUCCUGCACUGGUACACGGGCGAGGGGAUGGACGAGAUGGAGUUCACCGAGGCCGAGAGCAACAUGAAUGACCUGGUGUCCGAGUACCAACAGUACCAGGAUGCCACGGCCGAGGAGGAGGGUGAGAUGUACGAGGACGACGAGGAGGAGUCGGAGGCGCAGGGCGCCAAGUGACGCCCGACGCCGCCCCCCAACACUGCCCGCAGCCCCCCGGCUUAGCGCUGCUGCAGCCCCCAGGUGCUGCUCCCCCUGCCAUCCCCUCAGUGUCUCCUGACCCCAUUCCCCCCUGAGCCGGCUCGGCCUCUCGCCCCUCUUCCUACCUCCCCCUUUUUCGUUUUUUACUGGUUUGUGUCUUAUUUUUUUUUUUUGAAUACUUAAUAAAUUUAUUGCUGUCCAGGUACUACCUGUCUUUGGCUGCUGGGUGGGGGGGGGAGACAGGGGACACCCACACAGUUUGCCCCCCACCCCAGGCUUUCCCAGCCAGGGGAAGCAUUUCAGAAGCCCUCAUGCACUGCUCCCCAGCCUUCUGCCCCUGAGAUCCAGUUGCCCCAGUCAGGCUAUGCCUUUGUCCCCACUGUCACCCUUCUCCAUGCUGGGGGGGUGUGGCAGCCACCUCCCUGUGCCAGGACACAGCUGGUUCUUUGUUCCGCAAGCUGAGGUGGUA